AUGCUGCUUUUCUACUCUGUGUCGCUGCAGCAAAAUGCGCCGCGUACGCGGCAGCGUCGCGGGCCCUUUAGCCCGAUACAAAUUGACAUGUUUACGCCACUAAAUCACGACGAACGUAGCGAGCGCGGCGCGGCCCACCCGCGCCCCAUCGCCCGCCGCCGUCCGCGCGCCGAUCCAAUUAAUAAUAAUGAAGCGGCAAUGCAGAGGGCACGUUGCGACGCGCGAUUUUCGGGGCGCGCGCGGGCAGAGACGGGGUCAAUGCACCCGCGAAACUGGUCCAAAGUUAUACGGACCGAGAGGGCGCUGGGCCGAGGGCUGGCAACGGUGCAGUUUCCAGUGUAUGCCCAAUUAAACUGGAUCCCCGUGGCUACGGAACCGGUCCAGCUUUCGGGUGGCCAGCGAUCGAAAGACAAUAAAGUCCCCAUUUCUCACGACGCAGGAAGUGCCAAUGCGACAAUCAACAUAAUAAUAGAAACGCGCUCCCACCGCGUCUCACUCUGUUCUACAGUUGAUGUUCCAAAUCCAUGGGAAGUCAACGAGUGCGGUUCCAAUAAAGUUAAUGCCCGCCAUAAUAGCCGCCAUUGUUCGCGGCGCCAUUUUUUCGCGGGAAAAGAGCUCCGCAGCGGGAACCCUGUCGAGUGGGGUAAUUACUGGACGAGGAAUGAUCGAGAGGGAUUCAAUCAGUUCCGCAUCAUCUGGCUUCCUUCCCUGAAUGGCAUUCCCGAAAAUAUUGUAAUAGAA